GUACUAUUGUUAAUAUACGCGUGCUACAAUAUAAGACUAGUAUUGUGCAUCUAAAGUUUUAAAACUGAGUUAUUCAUUUUUUAAAACUUCAUUUUAGGGAAAAGUUCGUUUAAUUUUGCUUGCUAUUAUAUUGUGAAAGCAAGUGAUAAAGAUGGUUGUACUUAGCAAUUUUCUUGCACCUCAAGAAGGAAUACGCCACGAAGAGCCAAAUACUACUGCAUAUAUUAAUGACAGAGAAGUGGGAAAAGGAACUCUGUAUAUUACGGAAAGCUUGUUUUCUUGGGUGAACUAUGAUACACAACAAGGAUUUUCUCUUGAAUAUUCUCAUAUAUCUUUACAUGCCAUAUCAAGAGAUCAACAAGUACAUCCAAGACAAUGUUUAUAUAUUAUGGUUAAUGCAAAAGUAGACCUUCCAGAUGUACCCUUACCACCACCCUCUGACAGUGGCUCAGAAAAUGAAGAUGACGAUGCGGAUACACCUAUGACAGAAAUGCGUUUUGCUCCUGAUAACAUAAACAAUUUAGAUGCAAUGUUUCAAGCAAUGAACGAUUGUCAGGCACUUCAUCCUGAUCCACAGGAUAUUUUUUCAGAUGCUGAAGAAGAUAUUUAUGAAGACGCAGAAGAGGAUGAUUUUGAAAAUUAUGAAGUUGGUGCUGGUGAUGCUCCCUACAUUUUACCAUCAGAACAAAUAGGGACUAAUCACAAUGGCACAGAAGCAGAUGAUGCAAUGGAUAUAGAAGCAGGUCAAUUUGAAGAUGCGGAGGAAGAUCCAUAAAGAAUGAUUAUGAAAGAAUGCAUGUAUGCAUUUAGUAUUAAUUUAUAAUUACUGGUAUCUUAUAUUAUUGUAGAUAUGUGAUAUUAUGGCAGACUGUAUUACAGAGCUGUAACAAACAUAAAAACACUUAACAUUUAUUUAUAUUCAUUUUGUACACGGGAAUAAUUUCGUAGAUAAAAAUAAACAAUGUAUAUCAAA